GCCCCUCCUCAAUGGCCUUGGAGAUUGACUACCCUCGCAACAGCAUUGAGAAUGUGUAGUAAACUGGCGCUUUUUCGAUUGCAAAACAAUUCCCAGUCUAGAUUUUAUAGAUUCAAAAUUUUUCUUCUCUCCUUUUUCGUUUGUUUAGCUGGUCUUUUAUUUCUGGUUUCGUGUUCGUAGCGGAGCAUAAUUACAAAAUCGGCCAAGGCCAUGAGUCUGUACGGGCAACAUCUCCGCCCAGACAAGCUCUCGCGGAGAGGCACCGCUGCUCUCGCAGCAGCGGCCUGUCUGUCUCUCUACCUGCUCGUCCGGCCAGCCUUAUCACCGGUUGCAAAGUCUCCCAAGACGAACAUCGUCCGCGUCAAGGAUCGCGGUGCGGGCGCCGAUCCGGAAGACUCCGAAAAGUCGGCGGCCGUGCCGUAUCCGCCGGAGCUGUUCCCGGGAGGCCGGGACGUCGAGACGGUGUAUGGCACGAUCAGGGUCUUCGAGUGGGGUCCUGAGGAAGGCGAGAAGGUGCUUCUGGUCCAUGGCAUCGGUACGCCGUGCAUUGCCAUGGGAGACAUGGCGUGGGAGUUGGUGAGGAAGGGAUAUCGAGUUAUGCUCUUUGAUCUUUUUGGGAGAGGUUACUCUGAUGGUCCUUCCGAUACGGCAUACGACGAGUGCCUCUACACUACUCAGAUCCUCCUCGUGCUGGCAUCUUCAUCGCUCUCCUGGACAGGCGCCUCUUCCUUCCAUCUCAUUGGCUACUCAUUAGGCGGUGCUCUUGUCGCGGCCUUUGCAGCAUACCACUCGCACAUGGUACGCUCCCUCACUGCCGUCUGCCCAGGAGGCCUCGUGCGAAAGUCGCACAUUUCUUGGCAGAGCCGCCUCAUGUACUCCCACGGCCUGCUCCCCGAGUGGCUUCUCCAGAGGUGGAUGCGAUCCCGGCUUGAGCCGCAGCAUGGGCAGAGUGCGGAUGUGCCCGAAGGCGACGAAGGAGAUGUCCACUUUGACGACGUGCAGAUUACUGCCGGGAAGAGCUCCGUGAAGGUCGGUGAAGUUAUAGGUUGGCAGCUGGAGGCUAAUCCGGCAUUUGUUGACUCUUACAUGAGCACCAUUCGCUAUUCGCCAAUUUACGACCAACACGACAAGAUGUGGGCAGUCUUGAGUAAAAAACUCGCUGCUAAUCGGGAGCUUGGCCUAGGAUUGCAGCGGGUCUGUGUCAUUUUGGGGGAUAAAGACGCUCUUAUUGUGAAAGACGAGUGGAUCGAAGAUACCAAGGCGGUGUUGGGUGAAGACGGCGUAGACGUUCGUGUGAUUCCUGGCAGCCAUUCCAUUGCUAUUUACAAAGGCAAGGAAGUUGUUGACGCAGCCAUUUCAUCGUGGAAGAGCAGUCGACGUAGGAACGGCAGGUCAUCCAAGAACAGUGGAAGUGCAAGCAGCAGCGAGUUUCGGUCCAAGAAGAAUAGACAUAGAAAUUAGAAUUAUACCAAAAUAGAUG